AUGACGACUAGUAGUAGACGUCGAGCUAAACGGUCAAAAACAUCAUCCUCCGUUGACCCUGAAACACCGACUUCGGAUGCCCGCAAUGUCGAUCUAAAUGAGGUGGUGGACGUUGAAGAGGAACUUGAAGAAGAGUUGACCCGACCGCCCGGUAGAAGAAAGGAUAAGCGAACCGGGAAAAAAACGGAUUCACAGCCAGUUCCCUCACCUGUGAAAACUAAGACUAAAGGGUAUGGUUCGGCUCAUCCCCAUGGGGAUGAGCCUCCACGUAGGCGCCACGUGUUCAAGUCUCGUGAAGAGUUGAUGGAAUGGGUUAGAAACACCGGACGUAGUCUUGGUUACGCUAUUGUGACUAAAAGAUCGAAAGCUAAAAAUGGCUACGUGUCUAAAGUUGUACUUAUGUGUGAUCGUGGUGGUGUGUAUAAAUCAGAUAAAGAUUCAAGUAGAGAGACCGACACUAGAAAGAUAAAUUGCCCGUUUGAAAUGGUAGGGAUAUUUUCAAAAAAGAAUGGUUCUUGGACGUUAAAAGUAAAACCUGGUGAGCAUAAUCAUCCACCCGGAGAAUAUAUGGAGGGACACCCAAUCCUCAAACGAUUGACACCUAAUGAACACCAAUUGGUGGCAGAGUUGACGGGGAAGGGUGUGUUCCCAAAAGAUAUUUUAGGUGUUAUGAAGGAGCGUGAUGAAAAUAAUGUCUCUACAAUUAAAAACAUGGGUAAAGUUCUUGUGAUGGAAAUUGUGGGUUUCGGGCGACAGCUUCUGCUCUCGGGUACGGUGAAGAUGAAUGGUUAUUUAUCCGGAGAUCACUGA